GCUGGUCCUCUCUCGAUUCGAGUUUGAAGAAGUGUCAAGUGGAGAAAAUGCCUUAGAGGUCGGAGAGGAUGAGGAAGAAGUGUGGUUGUUCUGGAGAGACAGCAACAAGGAAAUCCGCAGUAAGAGCAUCAGGGAGCUGGCUCAGGAUGCGAAGGAGGGGCAGAAGGAAGAUCGGGACGUGCUCAGCUACUACAGAUACCAGCUGAACCUCUUUGCUAGAAUGUGCCUUGAUCGACAGUACUUAGCCAUAAAUGAAAUAUCUGGCCAGCUGGAUGUGGACCUCAUUCUCCGUUGCAUGUCCGACGAAAACUUGCCGUACGAUCUGAGAGCGUCUUUCUGCCGCCUGAUGCUUCACAUGCACGUCGAUCGUGACCCCCAAGAACAAGUGACACCCGUGAAAUAUGCUCGUCUCUGGUCUGAAAUACCUUCUGAAAUUGCUAUCGAUGACUAUGAUAGCAGUGGAACUUCCAAAGAUGAAAUUAAGGAGAGAUUUGCACAAACAAUGGAAUUUGUAGAGGAAUAUUUGAGAGAUGUGGUGUGUCAGAGGUUCCCUUUCUCCGAUAAAGAGAAAAAUAAGCUCACUUUUGAGGUUGUUAACUUAGCCAGAAACCUGAUCUAUUUUGGUUUCUACAACUUCUGUGACCUCCUCAGACUAACCAAAAUCCUCCUUGCUAUAUUAGACUGUGUGCACAUCACUACCAUCUUCCCUAUUACCAAGAUGGCAAAAGGCGAGGAAAGCAAAGGAAGCAAUGUGAUGAGGUCAAUCCAUGGAGUGGGCGAGCUCAUGACCCAGGUGGUGCUCAGAGGAGGUGGGUUCUUGCCCAUGACUCCUCUUGCUGCUGCUCCGGAGGGUAACGUGAAGCAGAGCGAACCAGAGAAAGAGGACAUCCUGGUGAUGGACACGAAGCUGAAGAUCAUUGAAAUACUUCAGUUCAUUCUGAAUGUGAGGUUGGACUACAGAAUCUCCUGCCUACUUUGUAUAUUUAAACAUGAAUUUGACGAAAGCAAUGCCCAGAUGUCUGAAUCGCCCACUGGAAGCAGUAAUCAAGAAAUGCCAGCUAACGUACCAGGAGCCCUAGAUUUUGAGCAUAUUGAAGAACAAGCUGAGGGAAUCUUCGGUGGAAGGAAAGAGAACACGCCGCUGGAUUUGGAUGACCACGGCGGCAGAACGUUUCUCAGAGUUUUGUUGCAUUUAACAAUGCAUGAUUAUCCUCCUCUGGUGUCCGGAGCCCUUCAGCUGCUCUUCCGGCACUUCAGUCAGAGACAAGAAGUCCUUCAAGCUUUUAAGCAGGUUCAACUGCUUGUUACCAGCCAAGAUGUUGACAACUACAAGCAGAUAAAACAGGAUUUGGACCAGCUGAGGUCUAUUGUGGAAAAAUCGGAGCUGUGGGUGUACAAAGGCCAAGGUCCUGAUGAGGCUAUGGAUGGAGUGCAAGGUGAAAACGAACACAAGAAGAAAGAGGAAGGUCACAGCAAGUCCCAAAAGCCUGAAAGCACUAGCAGCUACAACUACCGUGUAGUCAAAGAGAUCCUGCUGCGACUCAGCAAGCUCUGCGUUCAGGAGAGCGCCUCGGUCAGGAAAAACCGAAAGCAGCAGCAGCGACUUCUGAGGAACAUGGGAGCCCACGCGGUUGUGCUGGAGCUGCUGCAGAUCCCCUAUGAAAAGGCUGAAGACACGAGGAUGCAGGAGAUAAUGAAGCUCGCGCAUGAGUUUUUACAGAACUUUUGUGCUGGGAACCAACAGAACCAGGCACUGCUGCACAAGCACAUAAACCUGUUCCUUAACCCAGGGAUUCUGGAAGCGGUGACGAUGCAGCACAUUUUCAUGAACAACUUCCAGCUUUGCAGCGAGAUUAAUGAACGUGUCGUUCAACACUUUGUCCACUGUAUCGAGACGCACGGCAGGAAUGUUCAGUACAUAAAGUUCCUGCAGACAAUUGUCAAGGCGGAAGGAAAAUUCAUUAAGAAAUGCCAAGAUAUGGUAAUGGCUGAGCUGGUGAACGCAGGAGAGGACGUCCUCGUGUUUUACAAUGACAGAGCCUCCUUCCAGACUUUGGUGCAAAUGAUGAGAUCGGAGAGGGAUCGGAUGGACGAGAACAGCCCGCUGAUGUACCACAUCCACUUGGUGGAACUGCUGGCUGUGUGCACAGAAGGCAAAAAUGUCUACACAGAAAUCAAAUGCAACUCCCUCCUUCCUCUGGAUGACAUUGUUAGGGUAGUAACCCACGAGGAUUGCAUCCCCGAGGUCAAAAUUGCCUACAUCAACUUCUUGAAUCAUUGUUAUGUGGACACAGAAGUAGAAAUGAAGGAGAUUUACACCAGUAAUCAUAUGUGGAAGCUAUUUGAGAACUUCCUGGUUGACAUCUGUCGGGCUUGUAACAACACCAGCGACAGAAAGCACGCCGACUCCAUAUUGGAGAAGUACGUUACCGAAAUAGUGAUGAGUAUAGUCACCACGUUCUUCAGUUCCCCAUUCUCUGAUCAGAGCACUACUCUGCAGGCAUUAAUCUUGACCAGAAUAAAUGAGACUCGCCAGCCUGUGUUCGUGCAGUUGCUGCAAGGCGUGUUCCGGGUGUACCACUGCAACUGGCUAAUGCCGAGCCAAAAGGCAUCGGUGGAAAGCUGCAUUCGGGUCCUCUCAGAUGUAGCAAAAAGCCGAGCAAUUGCAAUUCCCGUGGACUUGGACAGCCAGGUCAACAAUCUCUUCCUGAAAUCUCAUAACAUCGUUCAGAAGACCGCGAUGAACUGGCGAAUGACUGCGAGGAAUGCUGCCCGCAGAGACUCGGUGCUCGCUGCCUCCAGGGAUUAUCGAAACAUAAUUGAAAGAUUACAGGACAUCGUAUCGGCUUUAGAGGAUCGCCUACGCCCUCUUGUCCAGGCUGAGCUGUCGGUGCUGGUCGAUGUGCUUCACCGGCCGGAGCUGCUCUUCCCGGAGAACACCGAUGCGAGGAGGAAAUGUGAAAGCGGGGGAUUCAUUUGCAAGUUAAUAAAGCAUACUAAACAGCUGCUGGAGGAGAAUGAGGAGAAACUAUGUAUUAAAGUAUUGCAGACGCUCAGGGAAAUGAUGACCAAAGAUAGAGGCUAUGGAGAAAAG